AUGAUUAAUAAAGCUGGGCUUAGAUCUGUAUGCCUCACCUUCGGAAUACUGUGUUUGCUAACGUGCUACGUCUAAGCCUCAAGUGCUUAGCCUGAGCAUGUGCACGAUUCCUUUAGAGAAGAGGUUUCUCAGGUCUAAUAGUUGAAAAAGACUCCUUUUAACGAUAGAAUAUAAAAACUAUUGCGAAAUAGCAAGGUCCAAGAAGAAGCCAUCUAAAAGAAUGAUUCCUAAAAAAAUCUUGAAACUGAGAUAAAAGCUGUAACCAACAUUAUCGUAAUGGCUGCAGCUACAGAAAUUGCCCCCAAUAUCUCAGGGGAACUGAUUGCAGUAGCAUUCCUAGCUGCAUUUGUUCUUGCAUACAUAUGUGUCAAUUAUUGGCUUAAAAAGUAAUUCGUGGUACUAGGUCAGGAUAACUUUGAAUAACUACCGAUCAAAGCCAUCAAAUUUGACUAAAAAUUCAAUCUGCCUUAAAUUGAAAAGAUGAUCGAGAGAGCUGAUGACUCUGCGGAAGAAGAAAACCCAUCCCAAAGAAGCAAAAUGCAAAUUUAAUAAUCUUCAGUUUUUGUGGAAUAAGAGCCAAAGGUUAAGACUGAGGUACCAUAAGAAACUUCUCAAGCCAAGGAAGUUCAACAUUAAACUUCAAAUCUUUAAGUAAUUCAAACUGACUAAAAUUAAUAGUAAAACAGCUCUUAAAAACAAAUGCAAAAAGAUUAGAUAAUAAACUUCGACCAACUAUUUCAAAAUAGUGAGAAGUGGAACCCAAAGGUAAACAAGGUUGUUGGAAAGAGAAAGAAUUCGUCGGGUGCCUAGAAGAUUAAAAAAGCUAAGAUAACAAAUAUGGAACAAUGUGUCAGGCUCUAUUGA